CAAAAACAGUACUAUAGUUUAACACGAAAACCACGCUGCACAGUUCUCAAUACUUGCUGUCGGAUAAGAGAGACGAAGACAACAGACGAACUUCUUGUGGAUUUCAUCUCUGUUCUCCUUAUCUUUCUCAGACCAUCAGUAGUAAAAUUCCGGCCACUGAGCGAAAAUGAUGGGUUUUAGCCCUAUGGGUAGCGGCGCCGGAGCAAAUUCAUCAUCGUCUACAUCAAAUUUAUCAGCCCUAGCACCUCCAUUCACUGUAGAUAGAUCAAAUCCUAAGCUCAAUUCAAACCCUAAUUUGCCUUACCACGACUCGCCUUACACGGCCGAACCCUAUAGCCACGGGUGGGAAUAUUCAAUCCCUUCGGCCCCAAUUGUUUUAGAAUCCACUGGAUUGGCCAGCGUGCCUUUACCCGAUGACCACCGAUUUUCAGCCGCCACAACUGUUAGUCCCACUAUUACCCAUUGGUCCACUUUUAGCCGGGUUGAUAAAGCCUCGACUAGUGCCUCUUAUGGUGAUGUUAAGCCCUAUUAUUCGCCCUAUGUUCCUCGUCUGGUUGGAGACGAAAGCCCAUUGGUUGAGGUGGAUGUGACUUGUUACAAUAAAGGUCCCACAUCUCAGAUUGAUUAUACUCGGGGUGUGUGGGAUGUGGAUUAUGAGGCUGGAUGGGCUGGCAAUUUGGGACUUAACGAUGGUAAGCGGGCUAAUAGAGUGGAAAUUGAGGGGAGUUUCUUUGAGAAAUCAAAUAUUGGAGACUUGCAAAGUUAUGGGCAUCAGUUGAAUCAAGGAUGGUUGGACACUGAAAAGAACGAGAAAGUAUCUAAAGAAGGUUCUUAUGGUAUUUCGAAUCAAAUAUUCAACCAGGUGCCUGACACAGGAAUUCAUUGUGGAAAUUCAGUUGUUACUCAAACGAAAGACAACUUAUGUCACGAGCAGAAUCUUGGCUUCUUUCCCUAUGAUUCAAACAAAUCACUUACCUCAGCCUACAAAUCAACCUACCGUGAAUCUCAGGAACUGGCAGUGCACAAGAAUUCCUUAGACGAUCAGAACUCAUCUACUAAGUGUAGAAAAACUGUUGAUAAGCCCUUUAUUGGCCAUGUAUCAUCAAAUAUGCGUUCCUCUGCAGGUGUCAUUAGGCUGCCACCUGCUAAUAAUGGUUACAUUAAGCAGUGCACUUUUGCCCGUAAAUCCACUCAAUGCGACAGUGACGAAAGUGUUCGGAUUGCAAAUUUCGGAUCAAUAUCUGAUUCCCAGUUAAAAGAGGGCUCAUCUGAAACGAGCCUUUUCGGCAUUUCCAAUGAAGGGAAUUUCCUUACUCCACUAAAAGAACUUUCGAUUCCACUGCAGUCUAGCGAUUCUCUUGAUCGUACGUGUAGGGCUGGAUUUGGGUCUCAAUCACAUGAUGAAAGUAUCUAUGGUGGGUUUAAUAUGGCUGGUGGUAAUAGUGUUCAAACAGUAAAGUCUAAUGAAAAUUCUUUGGAUUUUGUUGUGGAUUCACCUUGUUGGAAAGGCACUUCAUGUUCUCAAUUUUCAACAUUCGAUAUCGAAGCUGGGAACUCGAAUAAUUUUAAAAAGAAAUUGGACGGAUACUAUGAGUCCAAUCAUGAAGCGCAGCAGAAGAAUCUCGACUCGGUCAUUGAUAUCGAUCGAACCUUUUUCGGGAAAGCUAGUGAAAGCAACAGUAACAUUGGGAAAAAUGAAUCUGAUACUCAUUGUUCAAGUAAAGAUAAUAGUUUAUUGGGUGAUGGAAAAUGCAGAGGUUGGGUUGCAAAAGAAAACGAGACACUGAAUGAACCCAAUAUGCCAAGAAAACAAUCUGUCCUUGCAAAAGACUUGGCGGGUGAGUUUGAUGCGAAAACUCCUGAUGCCAAGCACUUAAUUGAUAAAGUUGCUAAAACGAUUUCUCUAAAUGAUGUCACUGAAGGCGGUUUUGUUGCUGUUCAUGCUGCCGAGAAAGUUCUAGCAUCGCCUGCUUCUCAAGAAGAUGCGAACGAGCGCAUUAAAGAAACCGAUUGGAAAUUGCAUGUGCCAACAGUGUUAAAGGCAAUGCAUAACCUUUCCGAGUUGCUUAUGUUUCAUCUUUCUGGUGAGUCAUGCUCUCUGGAGAAAGAAAACAUAGAGACUCUCGAGAACACAAUCAGCAACCUUAAUUCCUGUCUGCAUAGUAAAAUCACUGAGGCAUCUAAGAAGCCGAAAUUAAACAAUCCUGUUCGAAACAGUUCUGGCAAACUUUUGGAGUCUCGUAAUAUGCACACGCUUGAGCAUGAAGGAAAUAACAGUUAUUUUGGUAAGAAGGAUGAGAAAUCACCAAUUUUAUCGCCCUUGAUGGAUGGCAUAGACAUGUCAAGUGAUGACAGUAUGACCAAGGCUAUAAAAAAGGUCCUCGAGGAGAAUUUCCUCUUAAAUGAAGAAAUUCACUCAGAAGCACUUCUAUUUAAGAAUUUGUGGCUUGAUGCGGAAGCUAAACUGUGUUCCAUCAGUUACAAAGCUCGUUUUGACAGAAUGAAGAUUCAGAUGGAGCAGAUUAGAAUCAAGGGCUCACAAGACAAUGAGGAUUGUGAAGGAAUCUCAUCUGAUGAGGUUAGCAUUUCACCGGCUGACAUCACAGCUUCUGAAGUGGGCCCCAAAGGGCCGCAUGAUGACCAAAUCGUCCCUAAGCCCGCUCUUCAGGACAUUCCUGCUUCUAGCACAGGUGGGCCCACCGAUGACGUGGACGCUUCUGUCUUGGCAAGGUUCAAUAUCCUAAAAUCCCGAGAAGAAAAUGCAAAGCCUAAUAAGGGUUUCAGUGGCGAGCAAAAUGAAGACCCUAUUGUGGCCAGCUUGAAAUUACGCGAGGAGAAUUUCGGAAAAUUGAUGGGCAUGGAAGAAUAUGAGAAUCAACCACGAUCAAGUGAGAUGAACGAUGCGUGUGAGAAUACGAGUCUGCAUGAAUUUCAUCAUUCGGUCACUAAUAAUGAUCCAACAGUUCAUUCGUGUAGGAAUAACUUGGGUAGGCGUGAUAGUUCGUCUUCGGAUUGGGAACAUGUGCUGAAGGAUGAUUUCUCGUGUAGAACAUGUGUCAACGUGGUGUCUAUUGUAAAGGAGGAAGUUACGAGUGAGUACAACAAUAAGGAUCAAUUUAUUGCUUCUGCUUUACUAAGAUUGCAUUUUCACGACUGUUUUGUCCGGGGCUGUGAUGGCUCGAUCUUGCUAGACUCGACUCCAGGUAAGCUGGCCGAAAAAGACGCGCCACCAAAUAAUCCGAGCCUCAGAAAGAAGGCAUUCGCCUUAAUCGACAGAAUUAAGGGUAGACUUGAAUCCCUAUGCCCAGGUGUCGUCUCGUGCGCUGAUAUACUUGCGUUUGCAGCCCGGGAAAGUGUCUUGUUGGCCGGCGGGCCUGUGUAUUAUUUAGAGGGCGGAAGGAAUGACGGCAGAAUCUCGAAUGCUACGGAGGCUACGCAGAACUUGCCAAAGCCGCAGUCUAACUACAAAACCCUCACCGAGGCCUUUAACGGGACGGCCGACCCGAGUUUGAAUAAAUCGUCUGCAGACUUUUUGCGGGGAUAUUGUAAGCGGGUCCCACAACCACUAGUGAACAUGGACGACACCCCAAACGCAUUCGAUACCAAAUAUUACGAAUACGUCCUCGAAGGCAAAGUCGUGCUAUCCUCUGACAAUGCCCUGCUUAAUAACAAAGAUUCACGGUCGCGAGUGAAACAAUAUAAUGAAUCGAGCAACAAAUGGUUCCAAGACUUUGCGAAAGCUAUGGAGAAAAUGGCGAAGCUUUCAGAUACGGAUCCGAAUAAUCCUGACAAUGAGGAUUGUGAAGGAAUCUCAUCUGAUGAGGUUAGCAUUUCACCGGCUGACAUCACUGCUUCUGAAGUGGGCCCCGAAGGGCCGCAUGAUGACCAAAUCAUCCCUAAGCCCGCUAUGGUUCCAUUUGUUUCAAUAAACAAUGAAGAUUGUGAAGGAAUCUCAUCUGAUGAGGUUAGCAUUUCACCGGCUGACAUCACAGCUUCUGAAGUGGACCCCAAAGGGCCGCAUGAUGACCAAAUCGUCCCUAAGCCCGCUUUUGAGGACAUUACUUCUUCCCGUGCGCUACAGAAGGAUUAUUAUAAAAACAAAUGCUUCGGACAUGGAAAGCAAUACAACGUGGAGGCUCUUGUGAGUGACGAAGUUAAAAGUGCGUACAGAAGUGACAAAUCUAUUGCUCCUGCUUUACUAAGAUUGCAUUUUCACGACUGUUUUGUGCGGGGUUGUGAUGCUUCGAUCUUGCUAGACUCGACUCGAGGUAAACCGGCGGAAAAAGUCGCGCCACCAAAUAAUCCGAGCAUCAAACAGAGCACAUUAGACCGUAUAAACUACAUUAAGGGUCAACUUGAAUCCCUAUGCAAAGGUGUCGUCUCGUGCGCUGAUAUAAUUGCGUUUGCCGCCCGGGACAGUGUCGUGUUGACCGGCGGGAAAAGUUAUGAAGUAUUGGGCGGAAGGAUGGACGGCAGAAUCUCAAAUGCUUCGGAGGCAAAGUCGAUGGUGCCAUCGCCUCAAUCUAACUACAAAACCCUCUCCGAUGCCUUUAAAAAAAAGAACUUAACAGAAGUACACAUGAUCGCACUUUCCGGAGCACACACAAUCGGGCAGACCAACUGCAGCUCUGUCACUAAAAGACCGGCACCGGCCAGUUGUUCGCGGAAUCCACAAAAACUAGUGGACAUGGAAAACACCCCACAAAAAUUUGAUAACGGUUAUUACAAUCGCGUCCUCCAACGCCAAGCCCUGUUUUCCUCUGACAAUGCCCUGCUUAAUAACAAAAUUUCACAGACGAUAGUGAAACGAUAUAAUGGUUCGUUCGAUCAAUGGUUUCACGACUUCGCGAUUGCUAUGCAAAAAAUGGGGGAGAUUUUAGAUACGGAUAAGAGUAAUCAUGGUGAGAUUCGAUCUGACUGCAGAAAGUUUGCCGAAGCAAUGGUGAAGAUGGGGAGUAUUGAGGUCUUGACGGGUAGUCAAGGUGAGGUUCGUGCAAAUUGUAGAGUGAUCAAUGGUGACUGUCAUGAGGAGUCUUCUGGAAAGGAUAUUUUGCGCAUGUGUGCCGUGGAUGAGGAUAAUCUCGGCAUGCUACCUGCAGCUCGAAAGGGAAGGAGAUAA